AUGCAGCACCUACCCUCCAUUCUUAGACCCUCUAAACCCAAAACCCUAAUCUUUCUCCUCCCAAUCCCUAGCUCUCUCUUCCCCACCGGCUACCACAGCUUUUCACUCUCUCUCUUGGAAACCAACGGACACCCCAACCAUUUCAAACAAAUCCUUUCUCAUGCCAUCACUUCAGGCCUCUUCACAGACCCCUCUGUGUCCAGCAAACUCCUCCACCACUCUCUUUCUAGUUCCAAUAUUACUCUCGCCUUCUCUCACACACUCUUCUUCCAAAUCCAAAACCCCAAUACAUUUGCCUGGGGUUUUAUCCUGCGAGCCUACUCUCGUAGCUCGGUUCCAGAAGAAGCAAUCGGUAUAUACAAUCUGAUGCGGCGAAAAAACAUUGUCCCGGGUGAUUAUACUUUCCCUUUUGUCCUCAAAGCUAGUGGGCGACUAUUUUGUCUGGUGAAAGGCCAAGAAAUUCAUUGUUUGAGUGUGAAAUUGGGGCUUGAAUUCGAUGUCUUCGUGCAGAAUGCGCUAAUUUCAAUGUAUUUUCAAUGUAGAGUUAAUGAGUUUGCAAGAAAAGUUUUUGAUUUGGUUCCAGGUUGGGUUCGGGAUGUGGUAACUUGGAAUAGUAUGAUUUCUGGGUAUUUACACAAUGAUUCUUGCGAAAAAGCAUUGAAGCUGUUUGGGGAAUUGUUGGGUGAUAUCAAUGUGAGCCCUGAUGAGGUGACUUUGGUGAGUGCUCUAACGGCGUGUGCAAGGAUUGGAUUGCUUGAUUUGGGAAGAAAAAUGCAUGGGUUAAGUGUGGUUAGUGCUUUUGUAGAUGUGUUUUUGGGUUCCUCUUUGAUUGAUAUGUACACUAAAUGUGGGCGAUUAGAGAAUGCUCAAGAGGUGUUUGAUAGAAUUGCCGAUAGAAAUAUUUAUUGUUGGACUUCACUGAUAGCUGGUUAUGUGCAGUCGAAUUUAUUUAAGGAAGCAAUAGAGUUGUUUAGGGACAUGCAAGUUGUUGGGGUUCAAGCAGAUCCUGCUACGGUUGCUUGCGUUGUUACUGCAUGUGGGCAUUUGGGAGCAUUGGAUCAUGGUAGGUGGGUGCAUGGCUAUAGUGAAAGGAAUGGCAUCGAGCUGAACCUUACAGUAAAAAGUGCUUUGAUUGACAUGUAUUCUAAAUGUGGGGAUAUUGAAAAGGCUCUCGAAAUUUUUCAUGGGUUGAUGAGUAGAGAUGUUUAUGCGUGGAGUGUGAUGAUUUCUGGGCUUGCUAUGAAUGGGCAGUCUGACAAAGCAUUACAAUUGUUUUCACAAAUGGAAACCUCUGGCAAUGUUAUGCCAAAUGAAGUCACCUUUCUCGGGGUCCUAUCUGCCUGCAGUCAUGGAGGAUUGGUGGAUGAGGGAUUUUACUAUUUGGAAGCAAUGGCGAAACACUAUAAUCUUACCCCUCACAUUGAACACUAUGGGUGUAUGGUUGAUCUCCUUGGUCGUGCGAACCUUUUGGUUGAGGCUGAGAAGUUUAUAAGGUCACUGCCCAUUGAACCUGACGUUAGAAUGUGGAUGUCCCUGCUUUUUGCUUGUAGAAGCCAUGGGAAUUUAGAAAUGGCAGAAUUUGUUGCUAACAAAAUUGAAGAAUCAGAACGGGAAAGGGUGGGGCACAUGUUCUAUUGUCCAAUAUUUAUGCUUCUGCCUCAAGGUGGAGCGAUGCGAAGAGGUUACGAACAA